AUGGAUCAAGACACACAAGGAAACGAAGGAAUUAUUGGGAAUUUGGACCAAGUGUAUCGGGGAAGGAUUGUCAAUGCCAGUGAUUUGAGUGGAAAUUCAAGCAAUUUGGAUAAUGGGGUUGCCAUAGAGACUUUAAAGGUAAUAAAUUCAGGAGAGAAAGUGGCUGCUGUGGUGGAAACUGGGGUUUUGAAUGCCAGUAUUGAGGGGUUGGGAUCCAGUGAGAGAGUGGCAAGUCAGGGAACAAGUGAUAGGAAAAGAAUUGAAGAGUCAAUGAAUGAAGGAACGGUCGCAAAUACAAUUGAUAUGGUUAAUGGAGCUGUACUUGAGACUGUUAUUGUGAUGAAUUCAGGGGCGACUUCAAGUGUUGAUGGAGAAAAUAAGGAUUUGGGAGCAAAAAAUGAGGAGUUGGGGCUCAGAUGUGGAAUGAUAGAUGAGGAAACACGUCAUGGGCUUGGAGAUGGUGAGGUAUUAAAUCAAGUUGAGCGAGGAAGAGGUUGGUAUUCGAGUAAUUCUAGGGCUGUGCUUGAGACUCUGAUCGCGAUAGGUCCUGAAGAGAAUGCGGGUAUUAAUGGAGGAAACCAAAGAUUGGAACUCAGGGGCAAUGAGAUGAGGUUAAGUAAGGGGACAAUGGACGAGUCAGAGAAGAAAGUGAUCAAAGUGGGGAAGUCAUCGUGUGUGGUUGAUAUGACGAGUGGUGGUGGCGGUGGAACAGGAGGAGGAGGUUUUAAGGAUAAUUGUGAUGGAGAAAGGGUUUGUAGGAUUUGUCACUUGAGUUCUGAGGGGUUGCUGGAAGCUACUGACGCAAUUGCUACUGCCACAACCAACUCCAUGGAUCUAAUUCAGAUUGGUUGUGGAUGUAAAGAUGAUCUUGGCAUUGCACAUGUGUAUUGUGCUGAAACAUGGUUUAAGCUAAAAGGAAACAGAAUCUGUGAAAUAUGUGGAGAGACAGCAAUGAAUAUCAAAGGUGUUGGGGAGAACCCUUUUCUGGAAAGGAGAUUUAUCAGGAGCACUGGUUUCUCAUCAGAGAGCAGCGGAGGGUGUUGGCGGGGACAGCCUUUCUGUAACUUCCUAUUGGCAUGCUUGGUAAUAGCUUUUGUGCUUCCAUGGUUUUUUAGGGUGAAAAUGUUUUAGAAUUUAUUCCAUUGCCAUUCUUAUGCCUUCUCUUAGGAGUUGCCCCAUGUGAAUAUUCAUUGAACGAUCUUGUGGAGACUCUUUAGGUCUUCAUAAUUUAGCCUGAAAAUUUCAGGUUCCAGAUCUCCCAAGUUGCUACAUAGACAGCAAAGUUCUAUGUUGUGGAGAUUGUUACUGUAAUGCUCUCAUAUACAUUUGUUUAUUAAUGGAAAGUCAGCUUGCGUGUUCCUUGUC